GCUCUGAAAAUCGAUCUGAUUUUGAUGACUGAGGAAUGCGGACUGAUGUUCGACGAUGAGAAACCCUAGAUUAGCAUAGCAGCGAGGCGAUUUUUGAUUGGAGAAAUGCCUCCGAGGAAGAGAACAAGUACAGGUGGAUCAAAGAAAUCGAGCAAUCAGAACCAGCCGCCGCAGCCGUCGUCUCAGCCGUCCAAGUUCGGAAUCCAGCAUUUCUUCGAACGCCACACCCAGAAUAGCCUCUCUCAGAAGACCAAGGACGGGGUUAAUUUGGGUUUUGGUGCUUCAGAACCCGCUCCUAACAAUGACACAAAAAUGGCAAAUCUUAAUUCCCACGACUAUAGGACUGAAAGGGCAACUGAUCCUGAAAGCUUGGGGAACACUAAAAAGUUGGCGAGUGUGAAGAAUAGUGAGAAUGCGAUGGAUUUGAAGAAGAUGGAUCUGAGUGGUGCUGCUUCUGCUCUUGAUACUGAAGUUGUAAUUCACAGUAACAGUUGCCAAAGGUCAGAGGAGGAUUUGAACUCAAGGAUAGUUGAAGUGGAAAAGUCAGUAAGCAGGGCAAGUGUAGGAGGAAGCGACUUGGUACCUAUGGUAGUAGGAGAUGAAGUUAAUGAAGCAGAAGUGACACCUGAGACUUGCAAGUUGGCAUCUGUAAAGAGGUUCAAGUUUUCUCCCGGAAUGUUGAUUAUGCAAAGCCAGGAUGAUGGAGGUGAUGAGGUUACAUGGAAAAUUUCUCCAGUAAAUGAACGGCUAAAUGCUGUUUCUAAAGCACAGAAGAUACAGAAGCUGGCAGAAUGUUCACGGUUCAAUCUGCUCAAUUUUCAGCAGUGCUCCCAGAAAAAGGUCAAAUCUCUAGAAGCGACAGUAGUUUCAAAGUGGCAAUCCUCACCUCCAACAAAAAGACCUGAAACUGCUCUGGCGGACCCAAAUAAAACCAAACUAGCUUUUGUCACUAUGGAUCAAGUAAUGGAUAUUCAUGCUAAGAAUGGAAAGUCCAAUAGUGAGAAUGCCUCUACCAUAGUUAACAGCCAGAGUCCUUUCAAGACACCUCCAUCUCUAACAAUUGGCCAUGAGAAGCCAGAAAAAGGUUUUGAUCCUCGUAUAGCUUCUGAUCAACGUGGAUCAAGGCACAAAAAAAAGGCACUGAUAGAUCUUUUGGAUCAAGUUGAAGAUGUAAUAACUGUUGAAUCUUUGGCAAGAGAGGAGAACACGAUAUUUUCUGGAAAUGAUAUGCAUGGAAGACCUGAUCCCGUUUUGUCAGAAGCAACUAGUAAUCCGAGAGAAACCUCAAUCGUAUUUCUUGUAUUGGAGGUUUCUGAAAAGCAUGAACAACUCGGGCUCUCAGAUUCAAAAUGCUCAUUUAAGGUUUUGCGCCUUCUCAAUGAACAAAGUGGGGAGGAGCGAGUUGUGCAAUUAUGGGAUGAAUGGUUCUAUAGUGUCGUUGCACCUGGUGACACCGUUCAUGUUAUAGGAGAAUUUGAUGUCCAUGGAACAUGUGAUGUUAAUCAUGAAAAGAACUUUCUAAUUGUUCAUCCAGAUAUUUUGGCUUCCGGAACUCGGGUUGCUGCGAGUUUCAGUUGUUCAAGAUGUACUGUCCUGGAUGAGAGGCUAAAGUCUAGUGAAUAUUCAGCUGCAGCACUGAUGGGAACCUUAUUGCAUCAAAUUUUUCAGGCUGGGCUUAUGCGAGAAUCUCCUACAAAAGAAUUUCUUGAGGAAUAUGCACAAGUCUUGAUUCACAAAAACCUUGAGAGUCUAUAUGCAUGCAAAGUUGGUGAAAACGAGACUCACACAAUAUUGGUUGAGGCAAUUCCAAAAAUAUUGAAUUGGAUACAUCUCUUCCGUGAUUCAGAGGGAUCCAAAAUUCAAAAUAUAGCUCCUGGAAGUGAAGAUAAAGAGAAAAAGAUCAAAAUUUUGGAGGUACUUGAUAUUGAAGAAAUGGCAUGGGCCCCAAAAUAUGGUUUGAAAGGGAUGAUUGAUGCCUCUGUGAAAGUAAACAUUGAAAUAAACAAUGAAGCUACUGAUGUAAUUGUGCCUUUGGAAUUCAAAUCUGGGAAAGGAACGACUGGCCAGGCUGCAAUGGAACAUAAUGCACAAGUGAUGAUUUAUACUAUCUUAAUGUCUGAAAGGUACUCACAAAUGAUUGAUUAUGGGCUCCUUUACUAUCUCCACACGGAUCAAACACAGGGAAUGACAGUUCAAAGAUCAGACCUGGUUGGCCUUUUGAUGCGUCGUAAUGAACUUGCAAAUGAUCUACUAAGAGCAUCAACAUCGCAACAACUUCCUCCAAUGAUACAGAGUCCAAACAUAUGCAAAGGAUGUCGACAUCUUAAUGCCUGUAGUAUUUACCAUAAGGCAUACGGUGGCACAACUAGUGGUAGUGGACUUGGAAAUCUGUUUGACUCACUUGUUGAGCAUCUAACUACUGCACAUGCUAUUUUUCUUCAAAAAUGGGAUCGACUGAUUGACUUGGAGGCUAAGGAAGCGGAGUUUGCAAAGAAGGAAAUCUGGACUUCAUGUGGUUCAGUAACUGAAGAUUCUUUCUCAUCCCUAUCUCCUCUUGUUAUAACCCCUUUAGAUAAACAAGGUCAGAAAACCUUUUGCAAAGGAAACCGGUUUGUUUAUCACUUUGUGCACCAAAGUUUGCAUCCAACCAGCAUCGAUCAACAGAAUUCAGAUGGUUCUCUUCCCAUGAAAAAUUUGGAAUCCAGACUUAGGAAUGGGGAUUAUGUGAUAUUGAGCACUCAACCUGGCCGUUUACUUAUUGCUAGUGGAAUCAUUACAGAUAUAAGUAACUCUCACGUCUCUGUAUCAUUUUCAAAAUGUUUAAGGCUUCCAGGAAGUAGAUUGCAAGAUCUCCAUCAGCAAUCUUGGCGGAUUGACAAAGAUGAGGCUACGUCAUCAUUUCCGAUCAUGAGAUUCAACCUUCUACAACUGUUUAUGCAAAAUGAAGAGAGUAAACAUCUCAGGAAGAUGAUUGUUGAUCUUAAGGUGCCUAUAUUUGAUAGUGGAUGCAUCUUUAGUCAAGAUCCUGCUAUUUCGUACAUCUGGUCUGAGAAAACAUUGAAUGGGGAUCAGCGAAGGGCUAUACUUAAGAUACUUACAGCAAAGGACUAUGCGCUCAUAUUAGGAAUGCCUGGAACAGGGAAAACAUCCACUAUGGUGCAUGCUGUGAAGGCAUUAUUAAUGAGAGGUGCAUCCAUUUUGCUUACAUCAUACACAAAUUCAGCUGUUGAUAAUUUGCUUCUCAAAUUGAAGGCUCAGGAUAUAGAUUUCAUACGUAUAGGAAGAGAUGAAGCUGUACACGAGGAUGUCCGUGAAUAUUGCAUAUCAACUACCAAACUCUGUGGCAUUGGAGACAUCAAGCAAAGGCUAGAGAAAACAAAAGUUGUUGGAGUUACGUGUUUGGGGAUAACUAGCCCUUUACUGGCAAAAAAGAGAUUUGAUGUGUGCAUCAUGGAUGAAGCAGGGCAAACUACAUUGCCUGUUUCCUUAGGGCCAUUGAUGUUUGCGUCAAAGUUUGUUCUUGUAGGGGAUCAUUAUCAAUUACCACCACUUGUCCAGAGUUCAGAGGCGAAAGAGAAUGGAAUGGCAGUAAGUCUGUUCUGCAGGCUCUCAGAAGCACAUCCUCAAGCCAUUUCAGCUUUGCAAAGCCAGUAUCGUAUGUGCAAAGAAGUAAUGGAACUAUCAAAUACCUUGAUAUAUGGAAACAGGCUACGUUGUGGAUCUUCAGAAGUGAAGAACGCGAAGCUAACCUAUUCUUCUCCUAUAGCUGGUGGACCUUCAUGGAUGAAAGAGGUUUUGAAUCCUGCCAAGCCUGUAAUAUUUAUCAACACCGAUUCGUUGCUAGCGUUUGAGACAAAUGGACACAAAACUAUAAACAAUCCAAUGGAAGCGUUUAUUAUCGCUGAGGUAACAAAGAAGUUGUUGCAAGUUGGCAUUUCACAGGAAGAUAUGGGCAUCAUUACACCCUACAACUCCCAGGCAGAUUUUAUCAGGCAAUUCGUUUCAACAUCAGUUGAGAUACAUACAAUUGACAAAUAUCAGGGCAGAGAUAAAGAUUGCAUUUUGGUGUCAUUUGUUAGGUCAAAUGAAAACCCAAAGGGCUGUGCUUCUACAUUACUUGGAGACUGGCACCGGAUCAAUGUUGCUCUUACACGUGCAAAGAAGAAGUUGAUAAUGGUGGGAUCUUGUGCUACACUUUCUAAAGUGCCACUGCUCAGGCUGUUGAUCGAGAAUGUUGAGAAGCAAAAUCGCAUUUUAAAUGUCACCAAAACCGAUAUUCAUCAAUGUCAAGGUUGGAUGAAGAGAUGCUCCCAGAUCAAAUCACAAAACUGUGAGCUUUUCCCUUCCAAACCCUCUAAAUUUUGAUUCGUUUUCUUCAAUUAAUUUUUUUAUUUCCCUGCAUUUGGGGUUUGUAAAUAUAUUUUUUUUCUUAAAGCUUGAUAGUAUCAAUUUUGUAAGUAAUGUGCAUUCCUUUUGGGGUUACUACGAGAAACAUUUUGCUUGGUUUUAAGGAUGUUAUUAUCCAUCCAAAGUAUUCCCCAAAUAAGGAUUCACCAAGUUU